UUGCUGGGUCCAGAAUCUUGCUUCUGUGCUGUUAUCUGAACAAGAUCUCAUAAAACAAGGGCGAGAGAGGUUAGAACAGACUAUCAAGGCCUCCAGUUCCAAGCUGUGUUCCUAGUGAGUAUCUCUCUCUUUUUCGUUCAUGGAUUGUUGUCCCUUUAAAACUCUGCCUGAUGAGAACCAUCCUACAAGCUUAUAAGCAGAGAUUUGAGCUGGCUGGCACUGGCAUGGCGCAGAGAGAAGCAUGCCUGUCUUGCACAAACUGCUAUGUGUUGCUCAAUAUGGCUUUGUUGCACAACUCUGCUUCUAAUGAGAGCCUUUCCUUAUGCAGAUGUAGUUAAAGUUUCUGAAUCAGAUGAAGCUCUGCUCUCUAUUUGGUGGAAUGGGUUAAAAUAUGAGAUUUCUAUAGGGCUGUAGAUCUGUAGAAAAAAAUGACAGAGCCAGCCUUGGUCACCACAAAACAGCCUUAAUUUCUUGCUAAGAAGAGUAAAGGAAAUUUAAAUUUAAAACAGCUAUGUUUGGUUUGCAACUUUUCUGCUAGGUAUAAAUGAGCUAAAAGCCAGAAUGCACCAUCACCCACCAAAUAUCAGCAGUGGAAGAAAGGAAAUAUGUAGUUAAUCUUCCUUGCUACAAAGUGCUUUUAGUCUACUAAUAACUUCAGCGGAACUGGGGGUAGGGAGUAGAUUAUGAAUAACUGUUUUGUUUUGCUUUGCUUUGCUUUUAUUCAGAGAGCUAAUUGCAGCAUGGGGUGAUUUCAACUGCGAAAAUGAUGCAGGUGGGGAAGAGCUGACUCCCUCUUGAUCUAAUUUCUCUAGCUCCCAGGGCUGCUUUUUAAGCUUUGGGGGACCAAAAUUGAUGCUUUUUCAUUUUAUCUAUGUUUGGUCCUUCAGAAAGAGAUCUAGAGCAGGACUUUGGUAUCAAAUAUAGCACCACAUGUGUUUUUAGAGUUCUAGCUGCUGUUUGUUAGAUGGAAGAAAUAGAUCAUCUUGUUAAUUAAGAUUUUCUUACCAGUUUGCAGAAGGAAAGGAGAGGUGGGUUACAACUGCUUCUAUUAACAAAAUUUCAGUGCUGGUUUUGAUAGAAUGCAGAUUUAAUAAGCAGAUUCUGUAGGUUUUAUCUGUUCCUCUAAAGCAGCUAAAAGCUCCCACAUUUUGUUAAAUGCCUGUAGACUUAAAGUUUUUCCUCACUGAGGUGGCAUCUCGACAUCUCAGUCUUUUCAUUGCUUUCAAUUCAAUGUUACCUUUUCUUUCACAGUGCAGAAAGAGUCAGCUCCUUAAUGGAUCGUUCCAAAAGCCCGGAGGAGAACAGCCAGCCUUUAUCUCCAACUGAUAACAUCAACCUUGGACCAUCUGCAAAUCCCAAUGCCAAACCAACAGAUUUUGACUUCCUAAAGGUAAUUGGCAAAGGCAGCUUUGGAAAAGUUCUUCUGGCAAAACGUAAGUCUGACGGAAGAUUCUAUGCUGUAAAGGUUUUGCAGAAGAAGUCUAUCCUCAAGAAAAAAGAGCAAAACCACAUAAUGGCAGAACGAAACGUGCUACUGAAGAAUGUGAAACAUCCAUUUCUUGUGGGGCUCCACUAUUCCUUCCAGACCAAAGAGAAACUCUACUUCGUACUAGAUUAUGUCAAUGGAGGAGAGUUGUUCUUCCACUUGCAAAGAGAGCGCUGCUUCCGUGAACCUCGAGCACGCUUCUAUGCAGCCGAGAUGGCCAGUGCAGUGGGAUACCUCCAUUCCCUGAAUAUCAUCUAUAGGGAUUUAAAACCUGAAAAUAUCCUCCUGGAUUGUCAGGGUCAUAUUGUACUAACAGAUUUUGGACUUUGCAAAGAAGGAAUGGAGCCAGAAGAAACAACAUCUACUUUCUGUGGCACCCCAGAGUAUUUAGCUCCAGAGGUCCUCAAGAAGCAGCCUUAUGACAGAACAGUAGAUUGGUGGUGCCUUGGAGCAGUGCUCUAUGAAAUGCUGUUUGGCUUGCCUCCAUUUUAUAGCCGGGAUGUGUCUCAGAUGUAUGACAAUAUUCUGCACAAGCCACUUCAGAUUCAAGGAACCAAGACCAUAGCAGCUUGUGAUAUCCUGCAAGGACUUCUCCAUAAAGAUCAGAAGAAAAGACUAGGAGCCAAGACAGACUUCCUUGAGAUAAAGAACCACAUGUUCUUCAGUCCAAUAAACUGGGAUGAUUUGUAUAAUAAGAGGAUUACUCCUCCAUUUGAUCCUAAUGUGGCUGGUCCUGCUGAUCUACGGCAUUUUGACCCAGAAUUCACUCGGGAAGCCGUCUCCAGCUCCAUUGUUCGUACCCCUGACUUAGCUGCCAGCAGUUCCAGUGCAACAGAUGCUUUUCUGGGUUUUUCUUAUGCACCGAAUGAUGAAGAUUAAAGCAAUCUGUGUAAAGGCUUCAAAACCCAGUAUUAGCUAUUUAAAUGAGAGGAAGCCGCUACUCUCUGACUAAUCUUCUAACUGGAACAGAAUGAAGGUCAUCACCUUUGAGAUAGGGACCUCAUAAUGUGAAUGCUCUUUCUAUUGAGGAAAUGCUGAUUAUUCUAGUUAAAAUUACUCCAUUUCUACAGACUUGAAUGCAUUUAAUGAUACAUACAAUCCUGUGCCAAAAUUGACGUUGUCCGAUGAAAUUGCAAGUUAACUGUUCAGAUUGUUACAGGUUGCUUAAAGGGGACUCAAGGUAUUCUAAAUUAUUAGUUAUUCUGGUGUCAGUUGCUUUAGGCUUGGUGCAGUGACCAUUCGGAUUGGCUGGACUUGCACAAUCACCAGGAAAAGGCCACAGAGGCUUCUCUUCCCCGCUGCCGCAUGUCUUGGUCGUGCGCUGUGCGAUUUGCCAAAUACACUUGUGGCAAAGGGGUUGCUGUGUUGCCUGAACCCAACGAGGUGUGUGGCUUAUUAUACAUUUCUGGGUAGUUUGGAGGCCACCUCAUGCUGUGUGCUUCACCUGCUUCAGAUGACAAGGCAACCCAUGUGCUGCAACAGGAAUUCAGAAAACUGCACAGUCUCCAAGCAGCAUGUGCAGGGGCAGGGAAACGAAAGCACUGAGGCUUCUUCUCCCAGGUCAUCCUGAGAACCAGCCACUGCCUGCAACUUAUGAUUCUCUUAGAAUCAUAACUCAGUCCCAGUUCAUCCAUCUUUUUGAGGCCCUCAGGGGAUUCCCAGAGCAGGACUAUGGAGCUAGUCAGUGAAUCGUGGAAUGCUUCCCCCACACUCACACACGCAGCUGUCUUUCUACAGCAUAUUCAUUUUUUUCUUGCCUGAUUGGUCACCUCUGGGCCUCGCCCACACCCCUCCCAGCAUUGCAAACUGGAAGUAUUACCAUCUCCAGCUUGUAUCCAUGUUUCCAUUCUGGAUUGAAAGCACUGCUGCACAACUAACACUGGUAGGAGUGGCACAGUACAUACCCCUUCCUAUCAUACAGUGGUUUGACAACCUACCUUGGAAACAUUGCCAACUCUUCUCUGCUCACCUUUUUAGUAACCUUAAAUUUCUUCCCUUUUAUCUGAAAGCUACAUAGUGGCAAGAGUCUGCUCAGAACUACCUCCUUAUAGCAUUGAUAGAGAACAGACAGUUGUUUCUGCUUUUUAAAACAUAAAUGAAAGACAGAUCUGUUUAAAGCCCUGCCUAUUAAGAGCUGUGCAGCCCAAAGGAAUUGUGCCAAUGUGUAAUCUUUUAUUUACAAAAUUAAGUGGUGCAACUAAAGCUGUCUUGCUAUGCAGCCUCAUUACCUUGAUUUUACACUAAACCAUUAUCUGUGUCAGUGUGUUUUUAUAAAACACUUCAAUCACUGAUUUACCAGUCUGAAUCAGUCUUCUUAAGUCUCUUAGACUGGGAAGGGGGUCUUGUCUUCCUACAAAAAAUGAAUAUGCAAAGUCUUGGACUGAGUAACAAAGCAAGAUGAUUCUAGAAAGCUACCAGCUACAAGCAAAACACAUCUAUCCUGCUGAUGAACUAUGUAGGUAGAACCAGAAUGGAUUACAAUGGGCUUUUGGUUUGCAUAGGAGCACGACUGUGAUUGCCAUUACCAGAAAUAAAGCCAGGGCUUCUCCUUUUUUAAACACAUUGUAAAGGUGUGUUUAAAAUGCAAUAAAGAGCAGGAUAUACCCUGGUGGCAUGGUGAAUUCAACUGUGAUAAAUAACAUGUAUUGCAGAAAUAACUGCUGGAUUUUGAUGCCUUCACACCUCUAAAGCACAUAUCUUUUAGAAAACAAUGGGCCAGUUUAAUUUCCAAACCUUCCAUUCACUUGUCUCAUAAUUCUGUGCAUUUGUAUGCUAUUAUGUUUAAGUACAUAUUAAGAAAUGCCUGUAGUUUCCAAGU